UUUAAUCUCCGUGACAUAUUUGUGUAUUAUCCGGAUAUCUAGCUGCCAUGUCCAGGUUCUCAGGUUUUAGUUUAGGUAGUCUAGGAAAAAGAAAAGAAGAAAAGCAACCUCUUCCUCCUCCAGCAGCAGCUCCCUCUCGUAAGAAAACAUAUCAGGAUGAAGAAAGUUUUUUUAAUGAGUCUUCAGAUGAAGAUGAUGACCAAGGACAUAUGUAUGGGGGUCGACCGGCUGUAUCCAUGGAAAUGGCUCGUGAUGAAAUAGCAAGCUAUCGUAGCAGCCAAUUAGAGGGAGAGAAAGUGGGAGGGGCAGGAAAGGAGGAAGAAGAUGAUGAUGAUCCUUUGGAUGCUUUUAUGGCUGGAAUUGAGACAGAAAUAAAGAGGCAGAAAGUUGAGCCAGCGAAGAAAGAAACAAAAGCAGUGAGGGAAGACAUUGAGGAGGAAGAUGAUCAAGAGAGUUAUUUCAAAGCAAUGGCUAAUGCUCCUAUAGUUAUAUUAGAUGAUGAAAAUGAACAAGACAUUGAUUAUGAUAGUGACGGUAACCCUAUCAUACCCGAAUCUGCUAAGGUCAUUGAUCCUCUUCCUCCAAUCGAUCAUUCAGAAAUUGAUUAUAAACCUUUUCAGAAGAACUUUUAUGAAGAAGAUGAAAGCGUCCAGAAACUAACAAAGAAAGAAGUUCAAGAGCUGAGGAAGAAGCUGGGAAUAAAAGCGUCUGGUUUUUCCCCUCCAAAACCUUGCGUCUCGUUUGCUCAUUUUGGAUUCGAUCCUCAAUUGAUGGCAUUAAUUAGAAAGUCGGAAUUCACCACACCCACUCCAAUACAGGCUCAGUCAAUCCCAGCUAGUUUAUCUGGACGUGAUGUCAUUGGAGUAGCUCAGACUGGAUCUGGAAAAACAGUAGCAUACCUCUGGCCUUUACUAGUUCACUGCAUUGAUCAGCCUGAGAUUAAAGAAGGUGAUGGCCCAAUUGGUCUGAUAUGUGCACCAACGAGAGAGCUCUGUCAACAGAUUUAUCAUCAAGCCAGGAAGUUUGGUAAAGCCUACAAUCUGUCAGUCGUGUGCGUGUAUGGUGGAGGCAGUAGGUAUGAGCAGAGCCUGGCAGUUAAGGAAGGAUGUGAAAUAUUGGUAGCCACACCCGGACGCCUGAUAGAUUUAGUAAAAUUAAAAGCGACUAACCUCCAGAGGGUUACAUUUCUUGUCUUUGAUGAAGCCGAUCGAAUGUUUGACCUUGGGUUUGAGCCACAAGUACGAUCAAUAGCCAAUCAUGUUCGACCCGACAGACAGACUUUGCUAUUUAGUGCAACUUUUAGAAAGAAGGUCGAGAAACUUUGUCGAGAUAUUUUAACUGAUCCUGUCAGAAUCGUGAUCGGAGAUCUCGGAGAAGCUAACACUGAUAUAACACAGAUUGCAUCAGUUUUUAAAGACGCUCAGACAAAAUGGGUGUGGCUUGCUCAGCACCUGGUAGAGUUCCUUUCAGCUGGCAGUGUUCUAGUGUUCUGUACUAAGAAGACCGGAAGUGAGGAAUUAGCACAUAAUUUGAGACAAAGUGGCUACCAAGCUGGUCUUCUUCAUGGCGAUAUGUGUCAAGGCGACCGAGAUGAAGUCAUCACGAGUUUCAAGAAACAAGCUUUUCCAAUUUUAGUUGCAACUGACGUAGCAGCCAGAGGUUUGGAUAUAGCAUCAAUAAGAACAGUGGUUAAUUACGAUAUGGCACGAGACAUUGAUACUCAUGUUCAUCGAAUUGGACGAACAGGAAGAGCAGGUACCAAAGGGACUGCUUAUACACUAGUGCUGCCUAAAGACGUCAAUUUGGCCGGAGAUCUAGUUAGGAACUUAGAAACUGCUGAUCAGGUUGUACCAGAAGAAUUGCUUAGUCUAGCAAUGCAGAAUGCAAGGUUUAGAAAGUCAAGAUCAAGACAUGGAAAAGGAAAGGGAGGAGGAGGAGGAGGGGGAGGAGGAGGAGGGGGAGGAGGAGGAGGAGGAGGAGGAGGAGGAGGGAAUAGACGAUUGAGACUAGGACUGGGUGCAACUAAUACAACUGGAAAUACUGCAACAUUGGGAUCAUUAUCAAGUGGGAGUGGUCCCAGUGCUAAUAGAGCAGCUGCUGUCAAAGAAGCCAUGCAAUUUAGUUACAAGUCAAGAUUUCAAGCUGCUACUAGUACAUCAUUUGCUAGUACGUCGUCUCUUCAAUCGACCACACCCACCCCUACCCCUCCCACUUCUGAUGAAACAAAACCUCGUAAGAGAAAGAGUAGAUGGGACUGAUAUUUCUAAUAAAUAAACUUACAUCUCUUGAGUCUAUACUAUUAUUUUAAAAUGUUUUUUUUCAUUCAAUUUUGGCUGGAGAUCAUUUAGACUACUGUAUAAGUACAGUUGUUCUUUGCAACAAACAAUGAAAUUGAAAUGAAUGUAACAGGCAUAUUAGCAUGCAGUUUAUGUUUUACAGUUUAUUGUGUACUAAUAUGGAUAUUAAA